GUACAAAAUAAAACCACCAACACACACACACGCCCCAAUCGCUCACUUCACUCCUUCUGUUUCCCAAUGGACUCAGUCUUCCUCUUCUGCACCGGCGCGCUCCUCGUCGGCGGCCUCUACUGGUUUGUCUGCAUUCUGGGCCCGGCAGAGCAAAAGGGCAAACGCGCCACGGCACUCUCCAGCGGCUCCAUCUCGGCGGAGAAAGUCCAAGACAACUACAAACAGUACUGGUCUUUCUUCCGCCGCCCAAAGGAGAUCGAAACCGCAGACAAAGUCCCGGACUUCGUGGACACGUUCUACAACCUCGUAACGGACAUCUACGAGUGGGGCUGGGGACAAUCCUUCCACUUCUCACCCUCGAUCCCAGGGAAGUCACACCGCGAGGCGACGCGCAUUCACGAAGAGAUGGCGGCGGAUCUCAUCCAGGCCGAGCCGGGGCAGCGAAUCCUGGACGUGGGCUGCGGGGUGGGCGGGCCCAUGCGGUCGAUCGCGGCCCACUCAGGUGCGAGCGUGGUGGGCAUCACGAUCAACGAGUACCAGGUGAAGCGGGCUCUGUCGCACAACAAGAAGGCGGGCCUGGAUUCGAUGUGCCAGGUGGUGUGUGGCAACUUCCUCCACAUGCCCUUCCCCGACAACAGCUUCGACGCCGCGUAUUCAAUCGAGGCCACGUGUCACGCGCCGAAGCUUGACGAGGUGUACGCGGAGGUGUUUCGUGUGUUGAAGCCUGGGGCUUUGUACGUGUCGUACGAGUGGGUGACAACUGAUAAGUACGGGGGGCAGAAUGCGGAACACGUGGAGAUUAUUCAAGGCAUUGAGAGAGGGGACGCUUUGCCUGGGCUGAGGAGUUACUCUGAUAUUGCUCAGACGGCGCGUAGGGUGGGGUUCCAGGUUGUGAGAGAGCGCGAUCUGGCUCUUCCACCUGCACACCCUUGGUGGACCCGCUUGAAGAUGGGUAGGAUCGCCUACUGGCGGAACCACCUUCUCGUUUCUGCACUCGCCUCUUUGGGAAUUGCGCCCAAAGGAACCGUCCAUGUUCACGAAAUGCUCGUUAAAACUGCUGACUUUUUGACCAAAGGGGGUGACACUGGAAUAUUCUCCCCCAUGCACAUGAUCCUCUGCCGAAAACCUCUACCCUAGCUUACCCUUCCCUUCAAUCUUUGUUAUUUUAAUCUGCUGUUACCGUCUACUUUGUGUAAUUUUAUUUUUCUUAUUCUAAUUAGCUCGCAUACUUGUCGUUAAGGUUUGUUCCACCGGGUCCCUUUAUCUUUUGCUCAAUUGAUUUUUUUAUAUUUUAAUAUUUUCCCAAAGCAUCUCCUCAUUGAUCCGAUCAUGUUGUCUGAUUAACUUGGUUCUGUUGUGAGGCCGGGGAGAAGCAUAACGAGAAUGUUCCAUUGAACGAAGGAUGUUUGAGUCUCUACAUUGGCAACACUGGUAGCGUUAUUUAUUGUUUGGGUUUUUAGAAUCAGAAUCUCUGCUUCACGCAUGCUUUGGAUCUAUCAAUGUUUUAGUUGAUUAAUCAUGGUUCAGAUUUAGAGACAAAAUAACUAUUCAUAAUUUAAUUCAAUUC